CAAAGUUUUCAUUUUUGCAAAAUUUACGAUUUAACGUUAAAGUGGAGCAAAACAAAAAAACCCUGUAUACUCGGUGGCGUAUAUACGUACGUACUAUGUGUACUACUUAAAAGAAUGGAAACUUUGAACACGACCAAAAUCCCACUAAGUAAGUGUACGCCCAGUUCAGUUCGGUUCGGAUCCGGGAUCCGGGAAUAUCCUCCGAGCAGCCAGGUUAGCUCUCCAUGUUCUCCGGGCUCUCCGACCGGGUUCAGCUGCACCAGGUGUGCCCGUGCCCGGGUGGCUUCCACCUUUCGUUUUCGCCCGAAACCGGAAUCUACGAUUGAAUUUCAGACAGUUCAGUAUGCCGCAUGGCGCCCAACCACCCAACCACCCAACCACCCAACCACCUAAACCACCAUCCGGCGGCCAUGGAAAACGCAAAGGCUUUUGCAAUUUUUAUGUGCAAUUUUUUACAUGGGAACCAAAGGCGCUACGAAGUGUCGCUUGUGGCUCGUUAAGGUUAAGGGGCGGAGGUGCCUUUUUUCAGUAUUUGGAGUGGUUGGGCUGCCACUGAUAACCGAGGAGUGGAUUAGUCUCUGGACAUAGCACCCAUUUAGCAAAGAUACUCAA